AUGAAUGUCGCUCGUGGGGCCUUAAUUCGAUCUGCAGGCAUUCGUCGCUUCAUUCGUGCCCCCCUGCUCCAUAAUUCUCUUUCACGACCAUCAAGCACAUCCUCAAAUUCUACCGACCAUGACUCGAGCAUACAUGCUAACGUAUCCGCUCCCCUUGUUGACCAUGGCGGGACACACGGUUUAGUUACGCCAUUACCACAGGAUUCUACCGGAAAUGAUGACCAGAACGACCCUAGUCUGAAGGCGAUGAAAAGUGCAACCUAUUAUCACCUUGAGCGCCUCGCAGCGCAACAUGGGCUCGAACUGACCGCUAAACACUACGGUGCUGUCAUGAAAAACUGCAUAAGGUACAAUGUACCUACAGAAGCAUUCAAAACCUACAACAUGGCUUUGAAAGCCGGCAUUAUCCCAACCGCAAGGCUGGUCACCCCAUUGUUGACGUAUCUGGGACAGGUCGCCACAUAUGAUGCUAUCUGUAAAGCACUAAAGCUAUAUCGCGAGAUUUCCACCGCCCAUCCAAAUUCUUCAUUGGAGGAUGGUACCGCGGGACCCAACAUACAUACAUACAAUCGUAUGAUUAAAAUGCUGUUAUCCUCCCCAAGGGAAGACCGUCAUACUCCUUUGAUAACCUCUCUCGUUGAAGACAUGGAAAUGCGUGGCAUCCCCACAAAUUCUAGUUUCGUUGCAGCCGCGAAGAUUAUUGUUGCAAUGCGACAAAAGCGUCGUUUUGAAGAUGUGCUCCCAGUUUACCGCAAAGAACGAACCUUCUUGGAUCAAACUGGAUUCUUUGAUGUCCUGGAAGAGUACUGCAAUAUAUCAUUUGUGGGGAAUCUCGACACACCAUUGAUCACCCAUUAUUUCAGUAUUGUCAACGACAUGCGACUUCAAAGAGUCGUAAUUACGCCCCAAGUCUAUGGACUGAUCGUCAAACACAUAAAUACCAUGGUUGGAAAACUUGCUGAAAGCGGAGACAGGAAACAGGCCGCAGAAGCCAUCCCUCGUCUUAUUGCCACGAUCCGCCGAGUUCAUGACUUCCUCACCCUCGAUGCCUCAUUCUCACCUACUCCAAUUCUGUUAAAUCAGCUCUUGGAUGCUUAUCAACGAUUAGGUUGCUUCGGCGAUGCCUACAGACUAUGGGACAUGAUGUAUAUGAGUGGGAUAUACGAUCAGAUUACCGUAACCAUCAUGCUUGAUGCCUGCGGGUAUGCACAUCGGUUAGACAAGGCGAGAGAAAUCCUCAGAAAGGUGACCAGAACAGGGUUCAAAUUAGAUCUGCAAAACUGGAACACAUGGAUAGAAUGUCUAUGCCGAGGGGGGCAGUUCACUUUGGCGCAGUCCGUCGCAUUCAGUGAGAUGUCUAAACAUGGUGUUCAGCCAGAUAUUGUCACAUUUACCCUGCUUGCCAAAUUUGCAAAAAAGUUGAACUUCUCUCUCGAUUGGCUGCGUAGAGUAGAAAGUGAUUACCCUCAAGUGUAUGUUGAAUUACCAGAAGAAAUACGGAAUUUGUGA